UUGAGACGAUGAUACACAACAAUCAAGCAUUAAACAGAAGACUGCUUCUGCUGAAAGUUGCAGAGAGAAAGAAAAGGAAAACAAGACUAGAGAACUAUAAGAAGAAGGUAACAAGUAUGAACGUGUGUAUGUUGUUCUGGCAUAGGACAGAUGUGGAUUUGCUGUUACUCCUAGUUGAAGAUGUGAACAGGGAGGAAGAAAGUGAUGACGAAGAUCCCUUGAAAAGGGAUGAUGAGCUUAAGGAGAUUGUUGAUGAGUAUUUUGGUAAAGAGUCUGAGCUUGGUGAAGGUGAAAAGUUUUUGAGUUAUUACUUUCUGAAACCGAUGUGUAAGGAGGAAGAUGGAAAAACUAAAACUCAAGUGAUAGAUGAAGCUGAGAUUGAGCUGUUUGAGAAAAAUGAGGAUUUGGUAUUUGGUAUGGACGGAAACUGCAAAUCCACAAAAGGGAUAUCUAUGGCUGUUGUUGACGCCUACGCCGUCAUGAAUGAACAGAGUGUAACCGACUUAGCCGAAAAUUUUGUAACCGUCCCUGAAGUACUCUCGGAGAUUCGCGAUGCUCAACAUCGUCUCAAAUUCAUCUCUUUCACUAUCGAAACCAUGGAACCAUCUCCUGAAUCUCUCAGUAGAUUUAUAAAAUUUGCUAAAGCUAUUGGUGAUUUGCAUACACUCUCUGAUGUUGAUCUUAAGUUGAUUGCUUUGACACACACGUUUGAGGCUGAGGUUCACGGUAUCAAAAAUCUUAGAGAUGUUCCUCCGCCUAUUCAAAUUGUUAGGGUAAAGAGACUACCUGAGAAGGAGUUACCUGGCUUGGGCUUCCAUGUGGCUAACUUGGAAGAGCGGGAGGCACUUGGGAACGGGACGGAGGAGAAAUCAAACACUACUGCCAAAAUUCUUCUUCUUCAAGACACUAACAUGAACAUCAUUCCUUCAGAAAACUGUUAUGAGGCUAGUUCUGUUGCGUCUCAUACUGUGGAUGAGGAAGAAGAAGGUGGGAGGAGGCAGAAGAGGUACCCGCCUAAGAAAACAGAGGUGAAGCUUGAGGGUAAUAUGGUAGUGGAAGGAUUAUAUACAUCACAGGGUGAAAAUGAUGAAGAAGAUGGUGGUAAAUGGAGACAUGCGGUUAGUAGCAGUACUCAUAAAUAUCUCUUCAGGAGAAGGACCAAGUGGGAACAUUACAAUGCCUUGGCUGAGCAAGAAAUUCAGAAAGAUCAAAAGGCUGACAAAGCUGGUUACUUUACCCAGGACACCAAUGAUCAGAUGUCUAAUGACUCUAAAGGAAAGUGUAGCGAAAAGAACGAUGAGGAGCUUUCGUCCAUCUUAAAAGAUAUGAGGUUGGAGGAAGAUUCAUUAAAGGCUCUCCAAGAAGGAACUGAAGAGACAAAUUUUAGCAAUGGCGAGAAUGAUAUUGAGGUCGAAGCUGAGGGGAUUGAUGUUGCUAAUGUGGCUAAUACAGUUCGAGGCUUUAGUUUUCGGUUUGGUGUAGCAACAAAGAUAAUCGAGGCUUGUGCAGACAAUGAACAAAUCCAGUUGUUUGUUGGCAAUAUGGGUUUCAGUGGUGUCAGUAUCUCAAUGUUGAGGAAGAAGAAGAUUUCCACUGGGCAGUGUGUCUGCUUGAUCGAUGACUAUGGUAAUCGAACAAUGCGACCAUGUCUCUCCAGUGGUGUCAAGAUUCUGGCUGAUGAAUUAAUCAAAGCAGACUUCACAGGCUUUAAGUGGUUAGUGUUAAGAUAUGCCGUUCUUAACUUGGAAGUAAUUAAAGUAGCUAUUGGAUUUGCCAAGCAAGAAGGUCUUUCUGUUUCUUUGGAUUUAGCUAGCCUUAAGAUGGCUCCUUACAUUGAAAAGGACUGGGAACUGAACAAAUACAAGGUUGAGAAGAAACUUAAGUUCAAGAUGUGUUCAAGCUUAAGGGAGAGAAUGUUGAAAAUAAGCUUGAAGAAAGCUUGUGGAGCAAGCUAUUCAAAAGAUAUUCGGAAUGUGAAAGAAAUAUGAAAUAUGUUUGUUUAGGAAUUAUCUAAAUAAGUUAAACUACUGAGAUUAUAAAGUUGAUAUUUCUAUAUAAGGAGAUGUCAAGGUGUGGCAUCACUACAAGAAAACAUAUUUUUUACGAGGGCGGUAUUCGUUGUAAAUUCGUCGUAAUAGGGGCUUUACGACGAAUUAACAUCGAUACGCGUUUCGUUGUUAAACGCUCGUCGUAACGGAGGUUUCGUCGUAAAGUCCUAGUUACGUUUACGAGGAAGUCAAUUCCUCGUAAAGCAGAAGGAAACUAUUCGUCGUAAUGCCCUCGUAAAUGACGAUGUAAAUACCUCGUAAUAGUUCGUUGUAAAAGCCACGUAAGGCUUCCACGUAAAGUCGAUGUAAAUUUUACGAGGACUUUACAACGACUUCAUGUAAAUUUCUCGUAAACGUUACGAGGACUUAACGUGGAAUUUUACAACGAAUUUACAUCUCCAUAUUUAAAAUAUUAAUUAAUUAUAAUAAUUAUAUAAAUUUUAUAAAACAAUAAUUUUAAAAUUUAAAAUAUUUGAAAUAAAAUUAAAUAUGAAACCAAAUAAUUUUUUUUAAAAACUAUAAAUUCAUUAAUUAAAUAGAAUUUAAAUUUUUUAUACAAAACAAAAGAAAUUAAAAAAGGAAACUAAAGGCCAACAUCAUGGUCAUCGAAGUAGUUGGCUGAGGGGUUCGGGUCUGUAGACGUUCCUGCUUCGGGAUCCGGCUGGCUCAUCCCGAGAGCUGCUCGUCUCUCCGCCAAAGCUCUCUGCAAAGUUGGAUUUCCCACCGCCAUCACAUCCAGCAAACCCUCGAGAGAGUCCAAACGCUGCUGCUGGGUAUCCAUGCGAGCCUGCAUCCGGUCGUUGUCCUGGUCCCGUCUCGAAUAGUAUGACGAAGUCGCCCUUGCAACUUCGUUAACGGAACCUAUUCCAACCGUCCUUCCCUUCUUUCUAGGAGCCACCUAUAUGUAUAUAUAUAAAACCGUAUUUAGAGUUAAUAAUAAAAUAAAGAAAAAAAAUUAAAAUUAUUAAAUUUUACCUCCUCGAAGAUCCGGUCGACCUCUACGGUUGACAACUUGACGGGUAAUCCAUCUGCAGACUGUUGGGUAAGUUGCGUCUCUUGCUCUUCAAACCGAGACGCCACAGCGUUGAAGAGUUUCUCGGAUGCAGGAUCCACAAAAACCCCAUCUGGUGAGGCGUGAGUCAUCUUGAAUAAGUCCGAGAGAGAUGGCAAAACUCCAGUCUUCUCCAACUAAUAAACAACAAUAAUAAAUAAAUUAAAUAUAAUUAAUAAAUACAAGUUUAAAAUAAUGAAAAUUAUAAAUUUAAAUAAAACUUACAGCUUCGAGACGAAUUCCGGCAUGGGGUUUUUGGCCGGAUCUAUGAACCAUGGGCAAAUGGCCAUCUUUAUCCCUCGUUCUUCGGGAAGCGGAGCAGGAGUUGGCUUUGCGGAUGGAGCUGGGUUCGUUCCAAUAGGUGAUGAGGCCAUCCCAUGCUUCCUUUGUGACCCCGCUCGGCUUCCCCUCAUAGCCGUAAAUCUCCCACUUGUCCUUCCAAUCGGAGACGGUGUUGCAAAGACGAGUUUUCGCCUUUGCAAUAAAUUCGCUCUUCACCCUCUCGGUGAUUCCUACGGACCAGUUCCACAUUUGCUGAAAAAACAAACAUUUUAAAAGAUUAGAAAAAAAAAAUAAUAAUUAUUUAAUUAACAAUAUAAAUAUUAAUAAUAUGUAAAUAUAAUUACCGCAAAACAUUUAAACCACGUCGUCUUGACGUGAUCGGGAGUCAUGGUCCAGUUGGGAUAAGGGCCGUCAUAAUAUCCCUUCAUCGUUUCUGAAACGCUCCGGCUAACACGGUUGUUAGCCCCAAACCUGCAAAUAUAACAAAUUUGUUAAAAAAAUUGAUCAAAGAUUUUAAAUUUAAAAUUAAUAAUUUUAUGUACUUACCAAUAAGUACCCGGGGGUCUAUCGGGGUCCAGAACGUGUAAACCCUCUCGUCCGGGCUGGGCAAGCAAAUCCUCGACUGUGUAUCUUGCGAAUGGUGCAUGAGCUGGCACCCGCAAAUCGGGAUGAACUGCAGCCGGUGGGGCAGGCUGAUCCGGGGCGACAGGUGGAGCUCGUGGGGGAGGCAUCUGAGAUGGAAGAGGAGGAGGGGUCGAAGGAACUCUCCGAGAUGUGUGAGAGUCUGGAACUGUCCCGGAAGAAGACGAUGGACCGCUAGAGGAAGAUCCAUCGCCAAACAAAUCCGCAUACGUAGGUGCAGGAGCUGCUGGUCUCGGUCUAGGAGCCAUCUAGAAAAUUUAAAAAAAUUAAAUUAAUAUAUAUCCUAAACGAAUUGUUUAAAAUAAUUUUCUAAACUAAUCAUCUAAACUAAUUCCGUUAACUAAUCACCUAAACUAAUUCCCUAAACUAAUCACCUAAACUAACAACCUAAACUAUAAAAAAAAAAAAAGAUAGAGAGAGAAAGUUACCUUAGAGGGGGAGAGGAGUUAGGGAGGAAGAUACGAGCAGUGCUCGUAUCUUCGACUUCUCCCAUAUAUGUUUCAUCUGUCGCUCAUACGGAUACAUCCAUCCGUUGUGAACAGGUCCACGAAGCAAUGCUUCAUAUGGUAG